AUUAUACGCAGGAAGCACCUCUCGAGAGACGAGUGUGAAAACGAGAAGUAGCAAAGAAAAGAAAGAAGAAAAACAAUGUUUGGAUUCAGAUGGACUAAAAUGUUUUUGCAGCCGAUUCUCCUGCUUCACUUUACCGGUCUAACACGACAAGAUGUUGUCUCCGUCAUAGUCCGAGAAGGAGGUGAUGUCACUUUACCAUGUCAAACUGUGACAAAUGAUCUCCAUAACUGUGCCCACACCACUUGGAGCCUCAGUCCUACUCCUACAUCAUCAGCAAGAAAUCUGUUUGUACAUGGGCAGACUGUUGAAACAGCCAAAGCUAAAUCAGACAGACUGAGUGUUACAGAGAACUGCUCUCUGGUUGUAAAGAAGGUCACAGUCGAGGAUGUUGGCCGUUACAUCUGUAAUGACAGUCUUGAUCUGUCUGUUAUCAAAGUGACCGAACAUAAGGAUGAUGACAAGGUGACAUUAAACUGCUCUGCGUGGACUCGAGGACGGUGUUCACACACAGUGAAGUGGCUCUUCGCGAAUAAUGAUGUGGGUACGGACCACAAGGACCUGAAGACAACACAGUCCAACUGCUCGUCCAAUGUGACCUUUACGACAUCUCAUUUUAUUUACACAUCGAGGGGUUAUAAUUUAUUGAAGUGCAAUGUGACAGAUGGUUACAGCAGAAAAGUGCAGCAGUUUACCUUGAAGUCCAAGCCCUCAGGAUCUAGAAACAAGGAGACACCCACAGAGCCAGAACGUGAUAUCCCUCAACAAUCUCAUUAUUUGUGGUGGUUGUAUGUCGUUGCGGCUGCGGGCUCAGCUGCGCUCUUAAUAACUGUUGUGGCGCUCAUUAGACGGAAGAGAAAUAAAGGGAACAAAUCACAGAGGGAAGAAAACAUGGCUGAUCCUGAAGAUGUUUCCUACGCUUCCAUCAGCUUCACCAAGAAGACCAACAGUAAAGCCCGGGUUCGAGGUGCUGAUGAGGUGGUGACCUACAGCACUGUGAAAACUCCCUCCUCUUCUGCUGGGGCCUCUAUUGAUCCAAAAAGCCUGUAUGCUACCAUCAACUAAAAGGAAAACAUUACUGUAAUGUUGCAUUUAACAUCACAAUGAUUCGUCAUUAAUUAAAGCUUUCUGGUGCGAGUAA